AUGUCUGCCACAAACCCUGAUAAGUGUAUUGGCGAGCAUGUCGAAAAGACUGAACCGAUAGUCAAGGACGACACUAUCCCCUUGCGCCAUGGAAUCGACUCAGAUGAGGAGAGAGCCGUGGUCAAGAAACUCGACAGAGUCAUCAUGCCUCUCAUGGCGCUGGUGUAUUUUUUCCAGUAUCUCGAUAAGCAGAGCAUCAACUACGCGUCCGUUUUUGGAAUUUCGCAAGAUUUGGAUCUCAUCAGUGGCGAGUUUUCAUGGGCCAUUUCCCUCUUCUAUUUUGGGCAGCUGGUCUCGGAAUAUCCGGCUGCCUACCUGAUGAGCCGAUUUCCCGUGGUCAGAUUCGUCGGUAUCUGCAUAAUUCUUUUGGGCAUUGUGGCUGGAUGUCUCGGCGCAACUCAAAAUUUUACUGGUCUUGGAGCAGUUCGCUUCUUACUCGGAUUUACAGAAGGAGCCGUUGCACCUUCUUUCAUGAUCAUCACAAGCACUUGGUAUAAACGGGAAGAGAACCCAAUUCGUGUAGCGGUUUGGGUCUGUAUGUUUGGUGUCUCUCAGGUGGCAGGCGGGCUACUGAUGUAUGGCAUUGGUUUAUCCCACAUGUCAAUUUCUACAUGGCGCGUCAUGUUCAUCGUGUGUGGCGGCUUGACUGUGGUCUCUGGUAUACUAUUCCUUGUCUUUAUGCCACUUGGGCCAUCAACUGCAUGGUUUCUAAAAGAACACGAACGGAAGCUCGCAGUUGAGCGUCUGGCAUGGGAUCGAGCCACCAGGGACAGGUCAGAAAUCAAUUGGAACCAAGUAAAGGAGGCGCUCACAGAUCCUCGGACUUUAUUAUAUGGCUUCAUGGCCUUAUUUAUUACGAUCCCGACACCCAUAGUCAAGUUCUCUUCAAAAGUCAUUAGCGGUUUUGGAUACACGCCCCUUCAAACUAUGCUCAUCGGUCUACCGUCUGGUGGUGUCUCGUUCAUUCUUAUCUGGAUCGGAGCACUUGGCCCUCUUUACAUCAAAAACUCACGAUGCCUUUUUGGCACUUUCCUUGCCAUGAUGCCCAUGAUUGGAAGCAUCCUGUUGUUGGUUAUUCCCAGCAGUCAUCCUUGGGGUAUAGUCGCUGGUACCUGGCUGGCAGGAUCGACGGCACCACCGGUGGGCCAAGCCAUUGCUCUAAUGGGCGCAAAUGUCAAAGGAAAUACAAAGAAAUCCGUCGUGGGCGCAGUGUUCUUCAUCUUCUACUCGGCCGGAUGUAUUGCAGGUCCGCAAUUGUGGCAGGAUAAAGAUGCUCCACGAUAUACAAAAGGGUGUACCAGCAGCAUCGCUAGCUGGACUUGCCUCAUCGUCACUAUGGUGAUCUUCUACCUAAGUGGUAAAAAUAGCAACCGCAAGAGGGAGGCAGUAUUUCGAGCACAAGGAGCUGCUGGCGUAGCCGUCGAUCUGGCCAGUGUUCCUGUUGAUUCAGAUGAAACUGAACGCGAGGAUCUGCACUUUAGAUACUCCUUAUAA